AUGGCUCACCUCUCCACCAUUCUGUUCAGUGUCCAGAUUGAGGCAUGUCGGCUUUACAGCAAAUUUGCAGCUAGACCAAACAGUUUGGAAGCUAUACCUGCCAUAAUAGAAAAGGCAGUUAGAAGCAGUAUCUAUGGCCGCCCAGGAGCUUGUUAUGUUGAUAUUCCUGGAGAUAUGGUGACAUCAAAAAUCCGAAGUGAAUUACUGAGCAAGAUAUAUUAUUUUACGGUUACAAUAAAAACAUUUGUUUGUGAAAACAUACAUAACUUUACAAAUGUAUUGCCUUCAUUUCUUAAAGGUGCAGCCUAUUCUCGUGCUGAAGAUAACAUCAAAAAGCUUAUAAACAUGUGUGGACUACCAUUUCUGCCAACUCCAAUGGGGAAAGGUGUGGUACCUGACAACCAUCGCAACUGUGUCUCUGCAGCCAGGUCUAGAGCUUUGCAGAAUGCAGAUGUGAUUUUGCUGCUGGGAGCCAGGUUAAACUGGAUUUUACAUUUCGGACAUCCACCAAGGUUUCGUGCUGAUGUGAAAAUCAUACAGGUUGACCUAUGUGCUGAAGAACUAGGAAAUAAUGUGAAGCCUGUUGCUGCCUUACUAGGUGAUGUGAAUGCUGUGGUCGAACAGUUAUUGGAGUGCUUCAGGAUUAACCCUUGGACUUAUCCAUCCAAAUCUGAAUGGUGGUUUCACUUGAAGGAAAAGAUGAAAGACAAUGAAGAAGCAUCCAAGGCUUUGGCUGCACAGAAAUCUCUGCCCAUGAACUACUACACUGUGUUCCACAACAUUCAAGCAGUGCUACCAAAAGAUUGUAUUAUUGUCAGUGAGGGUGCCAAUACCAUGGACAUUGGCCGAACAGUGCUGCAAAACUACCUGCCUCGGCACAGAUUGGAUGCUGGCACCUUUGGCACCAUGGGUGUAGGUCUAGGUUUUGCUCUAGCUGCAGCACUGAUUGCCAAGGAUGAAAGCCCGCAUCAGCGGGUGAUCUGUAUUGAAGGAGACAGUGCUUUUGGCUUUUCUAGCAUGGAGGUGGAGACCAUAUGCAGGUACGGUUUGCCAAUAGUGGUCAUUGUAGUAAACAAUAAUGGAAUUUACAGUGGAGUGGAUGAGGACACGUGGAAAGAGCUGACAAAAGUGGGGGAGACUGAAAUUGUGGCUCCACCCAUCUCUCUCACACCUAAUGCUCAUUAUGAGCAGGUCAUGAUUGCAUUUGGUGGAAAAGGCUACUUUGUACAAACACCAGAGGAGCUGCAAAAGGCACUUGCUGCAUGUUUGGCAGACCAGAAACUACCAUCACUUAUUAAUGUGAUGAUUGACCCAUCAUCUGAUAGAAAGAAACAAGAUUUUACUUGGCUGACUCGUUCCAAUAUGUGACUGGAAUAUUUUGGCAAAACCAAAGCAGAGUAAGCCAGGCCCAGUUAACUGGAAAACAUAUGUUAGUGACAUCAGUUUGCAAGGUGAAAUUUUGGCAAGAUUGGAUGCUUAUAUUCUUAAAAAUUUGUGAUUACUGUUGGUUCUGAAUUAGCUGAACUAGGGAUGGACCACAGGAGUAAAUUAACUUUAUAUUGCUGCGAAGAUUGUGAUUGUGAAUGUUUCUGAAGCAAUGAAGUUGACAGUAAUCUUUUGUCUUGCCAAAGAGGAAAGUAUUUUUAGAUAGUUGGACAGUAGACCAAAGUCAUUGAUCAGUAUAUGAAAUGGAAAAGAUGUUUUAUUUCUUGUGUAGAAUUGUAUAAAUAACUCUAAAAUACCAUGAUUACUGCCAUUAACUUCAACCAGGAAAUAAUCAUGUAUAAUAUUUAGGCUGAAUAUCUGUAACUAAUAAUGCAAUGCUUUUUUGUGUUUUUUUCCUCCUAAAAUCUAUUACAAAAUGAAAAAUAAAUUUCUGUUUUCAUGAUA